AUGCAGCCAUGGACUGCCGGUAGUCGUUCCCUCUGCGCUUUGCGACCCUUGACUCGUUUCGCUGAUAUUGCGGCUGCACGAGAUUUCAACGAACUGGUGGAAGCAACCCUACGCGAUGUAUACAGCAAGUUGAACAAGUCAGGCGAAUCGCUAGAAGGAUGGACUCAAUUUGAGCGCCAAAUAAAAAAUGCCUGCAAAUCAGAUGAUAAGAAGGCAUCCGCACAAUGGGGACCCCUUCGGCAUAUUAAGGUAGCGCUGCAAAAGGCCUACCUUGCCUCCGGACUUCAGGGUCUGCGGGAGGAGGUGGAAUACAUGCAGUAUUCGGAAAACAUCACUGCUAGGUUUUCAGCACCCAUUUUAGAAGCACAGCAAGAAGUGGCCGACCUUCGAUGGCCAGCCGAGUGGUAUCCGCGCGCACGCUCGAUGCAGCGAACAAUCCAUCUCCAUGUUGGACCGACGAAUUCCGGAAAGACCUACCAUGCGCUGCAACGGCUGGCGAAAAGCAAAAAUGGAUUCUAUGCAGGUCCGCUGAGAUUGCUCGCGCAAGAAGUAUAUCAUCGAUUUAAGGCCGAUGGGGUUCCAUGCAGUCUCGUCACUGGUGACGAUGUCAAAUUUCCCGAUGAUGAUCAAGUGCCGCGUAUUACUAGCAACACCGUGGAAAUGGUCAGCCUAGGGCAGGAAUAUGAUGUUGGCGUGAUCGAUGAGAUCCAAAUGAUUGCUAACUCAUCAAGAGGAUGGGCAUGGACUCGAGCUUUCCUUGGUGCUCAAGCCACCGAACUGCACCUGUGCGGUGAGACCCGUGCGAUACCGCUGAUUCGGGAGCUAUGUGCACUCACGGGAGACAAAUUGGAGGUCCACCGCUACGAACGUUUGAACGCCCUGGAAGUGAUGCCGCACAGUUUAAAGGGUAAUCUCAAUAGCCUGGAAAAAGGUGACUGUGUAGUCGUAUUCUCCCGGAAAGGUAUACAUGCCAUGAAGGCAGAUAUCGAGAAGACUACCGGAAGACGCGCUGCCAUCGUUUACGGUGGUCUGCCAGCAGAGAUUCGGACACAACAGGCGAACCUAUUCAAUGACCCAGAAAAUGACUAUGACUUCCUCGUGGCAAGUGACGCGAUCGGUAUGGGUCUUAAUCUGAGCUGCAAGCGUGUUAUAUUUGACACCCUCGUCAAACGUGUUCCGGCUGGACUUCAACGACUCACUGUCCCUGAGAUCAAACAAAUUGGUGGGCGCGCUGGUCGAUAUCGUCCAGCCAAUGCCAAAGAAAGCACAAAUGAUGAGCCUAACGUGGGCCUGAUCUCCUGUCUCGAAGAGGUUGACCUUCCAUAUAUCCAGCAGGCUAUGAAGUUGGAGCCCCCACCGCUGAGUGCGGCGGGUAUUUUCCCUCCAGAAUCUGUUUUCCGGAAAUUCGCAGCCUACUUCCCACCAGGUGUACCUUUCGAAUAUCUGAUCAAGCGGGUCUUGGAAAUUGCCAAGGUCGGCCCUUUGUUCUUCUUGUGUGAUCCUAGCAGUCAGUUGGAAAACGCCGAAAUCAUCGACACUGUGAAAGGACUACCAUUCGAGGACCAGUUAAAGUUCAUGGUUUCUCCAAUGGACCGUAAAAGUUCAGGCUCGCGUGAUGUUACUGGUGCUAUGGCCGACUGCGUAGCCGAACACCAUGAGGGACGACUGUUGGACAUCGCGUAUCUUAACCUGGAAGUUAUCGAGCAGCCCGUUUCUGGCAGCAACGACUAUUUGCAUGAUCUGGAGAGCCUUCAUAGGGCAGUUAUCUUGUACCUGUGGCUCAGUUUCCGUUUUGGUGGUGUCUUCACUGACCGAACCCUGGCAAGCCAUGUCAAGGAACUUGUUGAAGAGCGGAUGGUUCGGGCAUUGACUGAAUUCUCUGCUAACAAGAGGCUGCGGAAGGGUGCUUCUCUGAAGCGCCAGAUUGCGCUGCAGAAACAGUUGUUGGAGCAGGAACGUAUGGGAGUUGCUGGAGACUGGAUGAACCCCUCCGGUGAAGGAGAGCAGAUGGAAAUCAAUCUGCCCGAAGAGGCUGCUUCAGAGGUUGCGGAAGGUGCAGAGAGUGCAGAGGGUGCAUCGUCUGACUCUGAACUCUCAUUAUAUGAGCCGUCACCAGAGGCAGAGGGCGAGGAGGAGGGCCCAUCCCCCGACUUGGACGACUCGGAGCCUGAUUCAACUGAGUCCUACUAUGACACAGAAGUUCCCAGAGAGUGA